AUGCAGACUCGACCAAUUCUGCGGCCAUGGGUGCGCUUGGCUACCCAUACGUUCCGUCGCUCAGUGCGCCUGGUGUCUUCGGCUCCUCCCCUGAUUCAUAUUCAGGAUGGCACUUUUUACAAGCAGUAUCCGACCGCCAAUGACGCAUCUAACCCUCCGCUGUUCCCAAACUUCAACUUCACCCUCCCUUCGGAUCUCCCCUCAAAGAGAACAGACGGUACAAUUCCGCCGCCCCAUCAUUGGGCGGUGAUUGGCACCCCCAGCCGAACCGAUCUCCUCCACGUCCUACGCGGCCAGCACAUCUGUAUACCGCCCACUGCGCGCUCGUACCCUUACCUCCGCACGGAAGAGCUCGCGGCCAAGGACCCUCGACUACGCUUUGUGGGGAAUGCCAUUCAAUAUAUCGGCUUCAGUGGCGAGGGGUCCGGCGCAAUUGGAGGGACCCGAGGCGCAUAUCUGAGUGCCCGCUAUGAGAGUCAUCGCGAGGAGACGGACUGGACGGUGCAGCAAUUCCUUCGCGGCCAGAUGUCCCUGAACCCACUGGAAGGAGAGGAACUAGGGUCAGUGCAUGAUGAGCAGCUCAUUGAGCAGGUCGUCACCGAUCUGCGUCUGCGAGACCUGCUUGACAUGCCCGUCGCCAAUCUCAGCAAUGGCCAGACGCGACGGGCGCGGAUCGCCAAGGCGUUGCUGAAAAAGCCAGAACUUCUGCUUCUGGAUGAGCCAUUCAUGGGAUUGGACCCGGCCACCGUUCAGGGCAUUUCUGGACUGCUCCACCGGUUAGCAGAGAAGUGUGCCCCGCGGUUGGUGCUGGCUCUACGCCCUCAAGAUACCGUGCCAGAUUGGAUCACCCACAGGAUGAUUGUGGGCAACUCUCAACGGAUCCUUCUGCAGGGCACAAACCGUGAAGUUGACGAAGGGCUGGAAGUUUGGCGGAAGGAAUUUUUCCCUGGGUCCAGUAAGGGCCGGCCGCAAAAAGAGAACAUAUCGCAAGCAUCUCAAGAUGCUAUGGCAGCUGGAUUUCUGGAUUGGGAACUCCUUGGAGACCUCGGAGUUAGCAAACCCAAGAAGAAAACCCUCGAUAGCCAUGCUCGGAAAGCAGGAGAACCAUUGAUUGAGAUGGAAGGCGUUCGGGUUCAGUACGGCGAGAGAGCGGUGCUGGGCGACUGGAAACAAAGGGUUCACAAUGCGGACAAGGAUGGCCUGCACUGGCAGGUGCGUCGGGGUCAACGAUGGGCGAUUCUGGGUGCCAACGGGUCAGGAAAGACGACAUUGCUGUCCUUGAUUACGUCCGAUCAUCCACAGACAUACGCGCUGCCUGUCAAAUUGUUUGGACGGUCUCGACUGCCGGAAGCCGGCAAACCCGGUAUUUCGAUUUUCGAGCUACAGUCUCGUCUCGGCCAUUCGUCCCCAGAGAUCCAUGCGUUCUUCCCUCGUCAGCUGACACUGCGACAGUCCCUCGAAUCGGCCUUUGGAGAGACAUUCUUGUCGAAGCCAAAGCUGGACUAUGAACGGGACAUGGACGUGAACGCGAUCUUGCGUUACUUCAAAGAUGAAUUCGACCCCCAUGCGGCUGAUAAGGUCCAGCCACCAAAGCUCUUCCCAACGGAGGGGCGUGAGUUUUUCCCCAAACUCGGGUCUCUUCGCUACUCGACAGCAUUCGUUGAUGAAGAGCACGAUAUCGAGUAUGCGGAUCAAGUGCGCUUCGGCGAGCUCACCACUGCCCAGCAGCGUAUCGUGCUGUUUCUGCGAGCCCUCAUCCACAGGCCGGAUAUCGUCAUCCUAGACGAACCCUUCUCAGGCCUGUCCGCCAGUCAGCGCGACAAGUGCCUGCACUUCCUCGAUCUCGGAGAGAGAAAGAAAGCGAAGGACAAAACCCCCGAAAUCCGCUACAAGGGUCUGUCGGAUGACCAGGCAUUGGUGCUCAUUAGCCAUGUCAAGGAAGAAAUCCCCAACAGCGUCCGCCACUUUAUGCGCCUGCCGUCUGACAUGGGCGUUGACGAGCCCCUGGGAUUCCGGCUUGGCCUCCUUUCCAGCGGUACCGUCUUGAGCGACCCAUCUGUGUGGGAUACGGUGUGGUCUCAUCAGUUUGACCAACACGCUCGUCGCAUCGAACGACCGGCGGAUAAGAAGGAUGACCCGAGCUACGAGGAUAUGGACACAUACGGGAUGUACACACUGGAGUUGCCGGCUACGAAGAAGAAGUGA